UUAAGUGUCUUAUGUUAUUGUCGUCUGCUCAGGCUCAUGGGCUGGUUGUCUUGUUAGCUUUUAAGUCGCACACACCAGCUGCCCUGUCUCCUCCUGCCAGCCUUCCCAGUUUCUGCUCAAGUUACCAGAGAUAACACAGUACAGAGGAAUCUGUCCUCCUACCCCUCUCACUUGGCCCUGGGCCCCUGUGAUAGAGGACUAAGCAGGGACUUUUAGUGAUGUCAGAGGGUGUGCAGUUUGGACAGUGACCCAAGCCAGUACAAACACAGCCCAAAUAUAUUUACAGCCACUCGGUUGGGAACUGAGUGGGCAUCUGGAUGAAGAUUGGUGCUAGAGUAAAGACCAAAAAAUAACAGAAGGAAAGAAAGUUUAGGAUCUUUGUUUUAUAGACUUGAAAUGUGUCCAAAAAGCAGUCUGGGAUGAACUUUACUUUGGGCUUCAGAGCAGCGAUGGGAGACUCGAGUUCAGUGGAGAAAUUAAAGAAGCAGCUCAUUUGCCCCAUCGGUCUAGAGAUAUUCACCAAGCCUGUGGUCCUCUUUUCCUGUCAACAUAAUCUCUGCAGGAAGUGUGCCAAUGAUGUUUACCAGGCCUCCAACCCUCUUUGGCAAAACAGGACACCAAAGAGGCUCCACUGUGUCACAGGGGGACGUUUCUGCUGCCCAUCUUGUCAUGAGGUGGUAUUGGACCGGCACGGUGUAUAUGGCCUUCAGAGGAACCUGCUAGUGGAGAAUAUCAUUGAUAUCUACAAAUAUGAGUCCACUGGACCACCACUGCCCAAAACAGAACAACAGCAGCUGAUGUGUGACCAGCAUGAGGAGGAGAAGAUCAACAUAUACUGCCUCACCUGUGAGACACCAACAUUUUCUAUGUGCAAAGUGUUCGGCUGUGAUGUUGCCCCGCUGCCAGACAACUACAAGAGACAGAAGACAGAGCUAAGUGAUGCCAUAGCCAUCUUGGUGGCUGGAAAUGACAGAUCACAGGCCCUGAUCUCACAGAUUGAGGAUAUUUGUAGGACUGUCAAGAACGCAAAGGAAGUGUUCCAGAAGUAA